GGCGGAAAUUUGUAAGGGGAAAGUGACAGUCAUUCGCUGAGAGGAACUAAGGGAGCUCUGUAUGAAAUAUUGAUAACCAUUCAGUGACGUCCAUUUGUUUCGAGAGGGUGAACUGUUCGCUUCUCGGCUUGAACUUCGUGACAAACUGUUGCAAAAAAAAAAAACCAAUAUCGGGUGCAAUCUCUGACUGAUUGCAGAUUCUCUACGUCUGGUUUUGGUGUAUGUUCGUAACGCGAGAGGAAAGUGGAAAAAAUGGAUAUUUUACAGGAAGUCAAUACAUCAACGCAAGCAACUACAGAAGGCGACCCACGUUCCUUGGUAACAGUGUGCUUCGAAGCAACCAUUUUGGGUUUAAUAAUUCUCGCUGCUGUAUUCGGGAACUCUCUGAUUUUGACAUCCUUGUAUCGCUUCACUUGUCUACAAACCAAGACGAAUGUUUUUGUUUUGAACCUAGCGAUCGCGGAUUUAUUUCUCGCUGUACUAGCGAUGCCUUUUACGCUCGUCUCUUCCAUAACUUACGACUGGAUCUUCGGAACAGUAAUGUGCCAAAUCCUUGGCGCGUUAAACUCUAUUUUCUGCGAAGCAUCGAUAUGCACAUUAACUUUCGUAAGCAUCGAACGAUUCAUAGCAAUAGUCUAUCCUUUGAAUUACGAAACAUUAAUCACUACUAAACGGGUGAAAAUCAUCAUUAGCUGUAUUUGGUUGCAAGCUGUUAUAUGUGUGUUUUCCACGUUCAUUUUCUCUGAAUUCAAGUUCUUGAAAUUCGAAGCGGUUUGCACAGUGAAUUGGGAACGGAAUUUUGCUUACACGCUCAUUUUCGCCUUCAUUUUCCUUUUUGUACCUUUUCUCAUAACGGCUGUGUUGUACUGUAUUAUUUUAAAAACAGCCAUAAGGCAGCGCCAGCGCAUCAAUGUCAUCAAAGUCGGUGAGAUCUCUUCCGAAAGAUGUGGGAAAAAGGUUCCGACCGGAGAAAAAAAGACAAAAAAGGAAUAUAAAGCAACUGUCAUGAUUGCAAUUGUGAUAGGAACUUUCUGCCUCUGCUGGUUUCCGCAUUCAAUCGGUGUUUUCUGCAUUAUUGACCCGAACUGCAACUGGGACGAUUCUUUUUUCGUGGCGACUACAUGGCUUGCUAUGUUAAAUAGUGCCAUGAACUCCAUCAUCUAUGGUUUGAUGAACCGCAGUUUCAGGCGCGCUUUUAAGAGCGUUUUAUGCUGUGAGCGUUACGUAGGGAACGAGGACUUAGCAACAAAUAUUCAACAAGAGAGAAUAACAGGCGAUAGAAAGAGCAAUUUGUUAAACCGAUAUUCUCAACAUCAAUAGUUACUCCAAUCGCCCUUAAAAAUUUUACCCAGUCUUGUCACCUUCGUCUGCUGCACAAUUAGCUUUCAUUUGAAUAUCAUUUUAAAAGUUCUGUAGCGAUUUAUAAACUUACAACAUUGUAAAAUAUGUAUACGUUUUUUUUUUCUUUUUUAAGAGAAUGAAGAGUCGGCAAGAGUUAUUACGAGAGUAACUUUCCAGCGGCGUUCUUGUUAAUUCAGAAGUCAAGUGUGUCGUUAACGGCAAAUGUCACACGUCAAAAAAUGAACUUAUCAGCAACUGCGUUCAUCCGUUCGUAAACAGGGUCCGCUCUGAACCACAAUUUUUUUUUUGUUUAUUAAA